CUUCCGUUCGAGCAAUGGACCCGAAUCCAUGAUCAUACGAUUCAUCCGAUGGAGCUUGAUCCGGACCGGAUGAAAUCCCAUCGACCCGUAAGGAGAAACACACACACUGCUAAAGAGGAGAACGCGUAGAGAUACUACAUUUGUCCCGGAGCUGCGAGGACAACAUCGGAUCCCACCCGUCACUUGACAACGCGAACACAGCAACCCCCGGAGAUUUGGUGUAUUGAGGAACAGUAGCUCUUCGGAGUGAGUGGUGUGGGCGACUCAUCUUAAGGGUGGCCACCCCCACCCCUUCUGCCCUGAUGGCUUGUGUCCAUGAACAACAUGCCCCUUCCCCCUCUCUCUCAGGGUUUAGCACUCCACUCUCCGAUCCACCUUUCUGUCGCCCGGAUGCUGAGGUGCCCGCAAGCACACCCGACACCGAACUCACUCCGACCCAAUGCGUUCUCCGUAAUGUACUCUCCAUUGACCCUGUGGGGGGUGGGAGCGGCACCCACAGCAACAGCCCCACUCUGAGCGACGAGCCCGCAAACUUCUCUAAUAGCGUGCUAAAGCUUCAGGAGGGCGGAGCAGAGGGCGGAGCUGUGCGCAACCAGUCUGACAGCUUUAGACUGCAGGCAGGUGGAGGGGGCUUUCUGGAGGGUUUGUUUGGAUGCUUGAAGCCUGUGUGGAUGAUGAUUGGGAAAGCGUACUCAACAGAACACAAACAGAGCUAUGAGGAAUUAUGGGAGGUACCAUUUGAGGAGAUCUCGGAGCUGCAGUGGGUGGGCAGUGGGGCACAAGGGGCUGUUUUCUUGGGCAAGUUCCAUGGUGAGGAAGUAGCCGUGAAGAAAGUGAGAGACAUCAAAGAGACUGAGAUCAAACAUCUCCGCAAGCUCAAGCACCCCAACAUCAUCACCUUCAAGGGUGUGUGCACGCAGGCUCCAUGUUACUGCAUCAUUAUGGAGUACUGUGCACAGGGGCAGUUGUAUGAGGUCCUGAGAGCGGGCAGGAAGAUCACGCCAUCUCUGCUGGUGGACUGGGCCAUGGGCAUCGCAGGGGGCAUGAACUACCUCCACCUGCACAAGAUCAUACACAGAGAUCUCAAAUCUCCCAAUAUGCUGAUCACACAUGAUGACCUGGUGAAGAUCUCAGACUUUGGCACAUCUAAAGAGCUCAGAGAUAAGAGCACUAAGAUGUCGUUCGCUGGCACCGUGGCCUGGAUGGCUCCUGAGGUUAUUCGAAACGAACCUGUUUCUGAGAAAGUAGAUAUCUGGUCAUUUGGUGUGGUCCUAUGGGAGAUGCUGACCGGUGAGAUCCCAUAUAAAGACGUGGACUCGUCCGCCAUCAUAUGGGGUGUCGGAAACAACAGCCUGCAACUUCCUCUUCCUGACAGCUGUCCGGACGGCUUUAAGAUCCUGCUCAGACAGUGCUGGAACUGUAAACCCAGGAACAGACCAUCGUUCAGACAGAUUCUUUUGCAUCUGGACAUUGCAUCUGCAGAUGUGCUGUGCACACCUCAGGAGACAUACUUUAAAUCACAGGCGGAGUGGCGUGAGGAGGUGAAACAACACUUUGAAAAGAUUAAGUCUGAGGGCACGUGUCUUCACCGUCUGGAUGAAGAGCUGAUUAACCGCCGGCGAGAGGAACUAAGGCAUGCUCUGGACAUCAGAGAACACUAUGAGAGGAAGCUGGAGAGAGCAAAUAAUCUGUACAUGGAGCUCAAUGCAGUCAUGCUACAGCUGGAGCUCAAAGAGAAAGAGCUGCUCAGGAGGGAGCAGUGUCUGGAUAAGAAAUAUCCGGGUCUCUUCAAACAUCACACCUCAACUACAGUGGACAAACUUAUCAAAAAAAGAAGCGUCCCUCAGAAACUGCCCUCUCAUGGCAAAAGGCCUGACCUCCUGAGGUCAGAGAUUAUUCUGCCUAAGAUGGACACUGGUGUGCUGCAGGUGACCGUCCCUCCAUGUGCGAACCGAGGCCCCACUUCGCCGAGUCGUGCCCGCAGGGUCAAAACUCGCCACCGGAGGAGUGGACGAGGAAGCAGCGGGGAUCUGUCUGGACCUAAACACCCAUCAGCCCCUGCCUGCCAAGAGAGAGAGUCCACCAUGUCCAACACAACGACGCCCGCUCCGCCUCUCGCAGAAACGGGGUCUGAGGGUGCGAUGAGGGAGGGCCAGCUGGAGCCACCCCCACUCAAACUCUCAUCCUCCAGCCCAGAUCUGCUGUGCUCCGCCCGUCGGGUAGAAGAUGGAGUCAGCGCCAGCACAACUGAAGCCCUGGGAGGAGAGACCAGCGGCGUGACUGGAGCGGGGGCGGGGCUAGAUGAGACUCCGCCCAGAAGUGACACAGCAAGCGAAGAUGCGGCAUCACUGCCAUUUUCCAGCAGCCCAGACUCACCCUGCUGUGCUAGAGGUGCGCCAGUGGGACGAACUCAUGUGGAGGAGAGGGAAGAGGGCACCGGGGUGGUCCGACUACCCAGAGGAUCCAGUGGAAGUCAUCUGACUCCAUCAGCCAUACUGUAUCGUGCUGCUAUCACACGCAAACAGCGGCGUGGCGUUUCUUCAGAGGAAGAGGAGGGUGAGGUGGACAGCGAGGUGGAGUUACCAAGACGACGACGGCCAACCAGUAUAACUAAGUGCCAAUCGGUAUCCACGUUCAGUUCGGAGAAUCUGUCCGUUUCAGAGGGAGAGGAGGGGCAUACAACAGAUCACUCCCACAGUGGCACACCAGACGUGGUCAGUACCAACACAGAUGAGCGGUUGGAUGACCGCAGCGAUGACCUCAUCUCUCAAGGCUCUGAGAUUCCUGCUGAUAUCAUAGACCCCACUCUGUCUGAAAGAGAGGCUGCGGCCCUCGAAGCUGAGAGAGCAAACUUUGACCUUGAACAAAAUAUCCUGGAGACUCGUGCGCUGUGUGAGGAUUCAGACUGUGAUAGUGCUGAACUCGACCAAUCAGGAAGUGGAGAGCUGAGCCGUCCCCCAAGUGCAGGAGGCUGGGGCCAGGGCCCUCAAAACUGAAACACACACACACACACACAUAUGCAACACAUUCAAAUAAACUUGUGCAAUGGAGCACAAACACAGACAUAUAUCAUUAUAUAUAUAAUAUAUAUAUUGAGGUGCACAGAAGCUAAAGUGACACAAACACACACCCACACACAUCAUUAUUGGCCCCAAGGGGCUGAGAAACACAAUAUUGGUGCAAAAUCAGUUAUUCAAAAAGCAAAAUGAUUAGCCACUUAAGAACAAUUACUUUGACACUGGUCAAAACAAUGUAGUAAAGAUUGUAAACUGCCUCAUGACCAGGACAUAAAGCCACGGAAACAAUAUAAUAAAACAAGUCAUACAGAAAGAUUAAAAAGAAGAAAAUAAAUGUGGAUAUCAGGAACUAUGUGAAAAGAUCAAACCAAUAAAAAACUUCAGGGCAUUCCUGAUAAGCAGCAAUGAUGAUGAACAAUAUUAUUGUUAAGUAUGGUCACCUGUAAAGCAAAAAGACUUUAUGUUCCAUAAAAGAGCCGGAUCAUCUCCUUUAAUGUGCACAAGGCUUGUGGUUAGAAGUUAGAUUCAGAGUAAAGUGUGUAAGUCUACUCUCUGAAGACACGUUUAAUAUGUCACUGCAAUAUAGAGUGCUGGAUGAAACUCAAAUCAAAGAAAGUAGUGAUGGUUUGUAUUCACCAAAAAUGUCCCCCGUUAAUCUGUUCAGACAUGAAUGGAGUGUGUGGCACUCGGAUUUAACUGACUUCACAUGUACAGAUGCUUCCUUUCCAGAGCACCUACAAGGUGCAUAUACAAAUAUGAUUCUAUUAUGAAUAGAAA